UGUUGCAUCUAGUGUAGCUCGCGAGCUGACUGUAAAACCACUGGAGCAAACAGUGAAAGUUGUGUUAAGUUUAAUGAGGAUCUUUUAAGGCAAUGCUGUGUUUUCUUUUCCGAAAUAAUGCCCACAGUCUCUGAGCUAAACCUCGAGGUCAGAUGUAAAGCAGAGGGGUUUUGGUCGGCCGCUGAGGUCUGGAUAAAGAAGCCUCAUGUUGUGAAUAAGAGGCUGUGUGGAGUGAAGGAGACCGAGUAUGAGGCGGUCUGCUCUGAGGACUUAGGCAGCUCUCUGGCUCGAUUAACCGGGACACAUGACCACGAAUUAAGCGAGCUUUUCCCCUUUAUUGAUGUUUAUACUGCGGACAGCGGCCGUAAGACUGAGGAAAGCUGGUGUGUAGGAGUCAGGACCAUUAUUCCUAAAGUAGGGCUAAACUGCAAUGGAAACCUGUACAAAGAGAUCAUAGUCAAAGAUUUGAUUGGCCAAGCAGUGACAUUUCUUCCCAUUGAAGAAACCAGAGAGGGUCACAUUAUUCUCAAGCAAAGUAAUAUUUAUAAGAUUCAGCUCGAGGAAAGGACAGAUGAAUGUGUGCUGUGUCUUCAUGCUCUGAGACCUGAUCAGUGGUUCAGUGAUGGAGUGGCCUACCCCAAACUCUCUUGGCUGACAGCAGAGCUUCUUCCUAAACUAGCACGCUGGGCGAUAGAGAAUAAAGCAGAGUUCAAGAGUACUCUGUCCCUCAUCCCUGUAGAGAAGUACAGCAUCCUCUACCAGCAGCUGAAGAACAAGUACAAAGAGAUGGUUAAGGUUUGGCCUGAAGUUACUGAUCCUGAGAAGUUUGUCUUUGAAGAUGUUGCCAUUGCUACAUAUCUCUUGGUUUUGUGGGGUGAAGAGCGUGCUGAAAAAGGAGUGACAUUCAGACAGUCUUUUGUGGACCUCGGCUGUGGAAACGGUCUGCUAGUUCAUAUAUUGAAUAAUGAAGGGCACCCUGGAAAGGGUAUUGAUGUGCGCAAGCGGAAAAUCUGGGAUAUGUAUGGGCCCAACACACAUCUAGAGGAAAAGGCAAUCACACCCAGCGCAAGCUUCCUCUUCCCUGAGACGGACUGGCUGAUUGGAAAUCACUCGGAUGAGCUCACGCCAUGGAUCCCUGUUAUAGCAGCCAGAUCGUCCUACUCUUGCCGCUACUUUGUGCUCCCCUGCUGCUUUUUUGACUUCUGUGGGAAAUACCAGCGGCGGCACUGUAAGAAGACUCAGUACAGGGAAUACAUAGACUUCAUCGCUGAGGUCAGUGCAGUGUGUGGCUUCCAAACAGAUGAAGACUGUCUGAGAAUCCCCUCCACUAAACGGGUAUGCCUAAUUGGGAGGAGUAGGAGUUAUGAGGAGCCUGAAGGAGAGCUAGCAGAAGCGAGGAGAACAGACUACAUCAGGGGACGGCAGGUCUCGUACACAAGCUCAACUAAUGUCACUCAGAAAGACCACAGCGGACAUAAUCACCAUGGAGAUGGACAGGAGAUCCCUGAACCAGGAAGUGAGUGGGGAAGCGGCUUCCAACCCAGAGAGAAGACGGAGACAGUGAGAAACUGUGCAGCUCUCCCUAGAGAUUUGGUAGAUGGUGUGGUCCUGAAGGUGGCCAGGGCCUUGCUGGAGCUCACUGCAGAGGCGGGAGAGGAGGAGAACAACUCCUCACUGAAGGAUACAAAUAACUGGCAUGCUGGAGGCUCUCUCUAUAUCCGUGAGGUAGCUGAGCUCCUGGACCAGUCCACCCUGCAGACGCUGAAGAAAGAGUGCGGAGGUCUGCAGACUCUGCUGAAAAACAGCCAUCAGGUGUUCAGAGUGGAGGGUGGAAGAGUACACAUUCGGGACUGGCGCAGUGAUGGCCCAGUGCGGGUAAACUCGAAGCCUAAAUCCCAAACCUCAGGAGCGCUGAAAACCAGACUGUGUUGGUUCCACACCCACCACCCCCAUGGAUGCCCACUGUCCACUGAAGACUGCCUCUUUGCUCACGGAACAGAUGACCUACGACCCUCCACGCGCCCACUGAAAAAGUUGAGGAACUGACCACAAUUGAUGCAAAGAACCAUGAGGUCAUGUUUAGUUUGAACUGAAAAUCCAUGAGACCUUUUUGUUGUGUUUUUUUUUUCCAUGGCUAUUUUCAGCUUGUUGCUCUGUGUAAAUAAUCAACACCAUUUUUGUCUUGGCCUCUUAUUUAUCUGCUCUUAUUUGUUCAUCAGUAAAACAAAUAGAUUUUC